AUGAAGUUGUAUCAAACGCUGGCGUUUGCUGCUAUUGUCGGUCUGAGUGCCACAAAACCAGUCCCGUUCGACGAGGACGCUCUCGUCCUUCGAGCCGACCAAGAACUCGAUGCUGUCACUGCGCCCGAGAAGAGGGAUCCGCUCGCGCACGCUAUCGAAGACCUCACCGAACGCAGUGCCGAUGCCGAGCCGGUUGAUCUCUCUAAUGUCGACACCGUGAUCGUUGCACGGACACCAGAGGCCGAGCCUGAGGCUGAACCAGAAUGGAAGGAUGUCGUUGAGCGAUCUCCUCAAGCGAAAGGCAAGAAGGGUAAGGGUAAGGGAAAAGGAGGGAAAGGCAAGGGCAAGGGCAAGGAUGGUAAAGGAAAAGGUGGAAAGGGAAAAGGUGCCGGCGGUGCCGGAAAGGGUAAAAAGGGGAAGCGUAGGACGACGUAAGCGGGCGUGCUGCGUUAAGGAGCUAGAUUGCUAAUGCAUUCUGUCCGCAAGCCUUGGACUUCCUGUUUCAUGCAUAGGUAUCUGUAGUAUGAAAGGUACUUAAUAUAGCU